GCCUCUCUUGCUCAGGAAUCUUUAUGUAAUCCAGAGGAGUCAGAAAUUCCGGAGCCAACAACAAAUCCUGCAGCCAUAGAGUUCCCAGCCGAGGGAUCGGAGGAAAGCCAUGUGCCAGAAGAAGCCGUCAGCACUCAAUGUAUGGAAAGCGGCCCCAGAAGUGACCUGGACUCAAUGCUGGUAACACUUCAAUCUGGCCUGAAACAACAAGGGAUCGAAACCCAGAGCAAAGGACUGUGCCAGAGCUGCCAGCGGCCAAUAGCAGGGCAGGCUGUCACAGCUCUCGGCCACACCUGGCACCCGGAACAUUUUGUGUGCGCUCACUGCAAAUCUCUUAUUGGAACUACAAACUUCUUUGAGAAGGAUGGAAAACCUUAUUGUGAGAAAGAUUACUUUGAGUUACAUGCUCCACGUUGUGCGCUGUGUCAUCUCCCCAUCCUGAAGGUGACUCUCAUCUCCGUUCCUUUUAUCCUUCAUGAACUCUUCACAUACGCAUGUCUAUACCUGACCUGUGUGCACUUCCUGGACUCUUCCUUCUAA